UAUAUUAUUUUAUGCUUUUUGUAUUCGAUAAAUUUUCAAUUUCAUUAUCCUUUUUCUUUAAUUUUAUUAUUUCUUUUAUAUACAUACAUAUACAUACAUGUACAUACAUAUCUUACUUUUUUUUUUUAAGUAUACCCUCAUUUUUUUUAAUAAUUACCGAAAAUUGUCUUCGGCAGUCACUCGCACAAAAUGCACAUCACAUUCACAAAAUGUCACAUCACUGAAACAGCCGAUGCACGAGUGCAGUAAAUUCUUUCCAAAGUGCAACUGCAAAGAAGAUGAUUGUGCGGGAAAGCAUAAGUGUGCUUUUAUAAAUUAAUAAUUCUUUAAAAAUAAUAAAUCGCAUAGUGUUACGUGCAGUGUUCGUUUUUGCAUAAACAUGUUUAAUUUAGUUUGCAUGUGCAAAAGUAAAAUAAAAUUUAUUCGUCGGUUCAUUGCAUGCAUGUUAGAACAUGAGUGUUGGUAUAACUGAGAGUGUUAUGUUUGUUUUUUGUUUGUUGCUCAAAGCAUAGUAUGUGCAUACAAACAACAAUGUAAAGUGAAUACAAUUUGAAGUGAAGUGCAUAGUUGUCGGAGAAACUCUUUGAUUGAAGAGUAGUUUGUUCUCUGGAAAUCGUGUAAGCAAAGCGCAUGCUGUUGUUAUCGUAGCGGUAGAAAUAUCCUCAAAUAAUAUUGGAGAAAUGCGGCCUUGUUGAUAAUUUGUGGAUAUAGCACUCUUUGUCUAAAAAAAUCCUAAGAAAAUCCAAAUAUCACUCUAAAGUUCGAUCACACCAUUAUUUCAGCGAGUAAACGGACAGCUAACUGAGUAGUUGCAAAUCGGAUGUUGCCUUGUUCAGGUGUUAGUGUUUGAAGUUGCGAUUCGCGGCUCUUUAAUUCAUUUAAAUGUAGAAGAAAGUGUGUGAAAAGUGUAGAAGGGGUAAAUAUAUAUUAAAAAAAUUUUAUUAAAUCGCGUCAUGUAAUGAAAGUGUUGUAGAAUAGUUGCUAAAAAAGCAAAAGUGUGCAAAAAUAAAAGUCUCUUUAUUCUACGUGCAGUUCCCAAUAGCGAAAUAGUCGCCACACUGAUGGGCCAAUAAUUAAUACGUAUCAAUUAAAUGUUUCCAGUAAAAAGUGUGUUCUAAAUUAAAAUGCAAGUGAAUAAAAUGCGUUUUGUGACAAAGGCAAUAUUUCAUAAUAGUAAAAUAGUGUUGAAAAAAUUUCAGGAAAAAUAACAAGUUCUACUAAAUCAUUAAAAUUAGUGUUCUUUGAAAAUUAUUUUAAAAAAUCAUGUUAAAAAAAAUAAAAGCUUUUAAGUGUACCAUAUAUGAAAGUAAUUCAGUUGAGUAGAGUUCAUAAUUAAAGUAAAUCUGUUUGUUUUUACCAUAUAUUUAUUUUUUAUACAUUUUAACUAAAAUAAAUUCAAUAUUUUAAUUCUAAUAAAAUAUGUAAUCACAUCUGUGUAAAAAUGUGUGUAGUGUUCAUUAAUUGCUGCCGCGAGUGUUGGUGUAGCUGUUAAUCGCUAUGUGUGUGGUAGCUGCUUUCUUAUGCAGAUUUGCUAAUGUGGCAUAGGUGUCGCGUCGCUUAAUUAAUUAUUAGUAUUAAUUGAGUGUAAUUCGCCAGUUAGCGAUCAAAUCACUCCUCAAUCGGCGAAUGAGAACUAACGAAGAAAUAUACACAUACGCAGUAGAGCUAAUAUAUGGAAAUCAAAGCUGGAUUUUUGCAUUUUUAAUGACUCUGAUUUAUUAAUGGCGACAAGAUGAUUAAGACAGCGUGAUAUCCAGUAAGUUUGCGGCUAGGAAACGGGACACCGUGGAAAACUGCUUUCGGCAGUUCCACACACGCGUGAAAAUAUUGACUCCAACUCACAUACGCAUGUAUAAAUGUUGUUUUUGUUUUUCGAUUCGUACCGAUUUCGUCAUGGCAUUGUCCAAACGACCACUCACCAAGGAGACCGCUUUGGCUGAAAACAAUAAUAACAACAACAAUAAUAAUCAUAAUAAAACCGAAGAACAUGAAACGGCAGUGAAGCGUAAAAAGCGCGCCAGUCGUGAUGAUGAAACAGCCAAUAACAAUAAUAACAACAACAAAAACGAUGACAAAUUGUCAAUGCUGCCACAGAAAAAGCGCGCUGUAAGCAGCAGCAACAAUAACAAUAACAGUAACAACAUAAACAAAACAAACUCAACGCCGCACGACAUUGCCAUGUUGCAAAACUCAGUGCAUAGCAGCAACAACAUCAACAUCACAACCACCAUCUUACAUUCACCAGAACACACACCACCAGCGAUGGUCAGUACAACCACACCGCCAAAAACGACCGCCGACGACCAGGACGACGAGACGCUCAUACGUGAGACACAAGCAGCACUCAAAAGUCUCUCAGGCAGUUGGCCACCGGAGGCGCGCAACAAUCUUUAUCGUCUGCAGGAUCAGGACGAGAAUCCGCCACCUUUUCAGAAUCUCUUCGAAGAGAAACAAAAACAAAAGGAAAACGAUCAGGCGCGCAUCAAUUCACAACACUCGGAGCAUACAACGUUGGAUGAGCGUAAACGUACCACAGCCUUCUCGCAAGCGUCCGCCUUUAAGCCACCACACGAUAUCAAACGCAACGGUCUCAUACCCUAUCCGCCGGGCGCAACAGCUAUGACAUCAGUGGCGUCCUCACUACCACCACCACCACCGCCACAUUAUCCCAUUUACAGCAACAAUGAUACAUCGGCUGCAUACCUCAGCUAUCAGCCACACGCGCUGGCCGAUCCCAGCACAAUGUCUAUGCUGCCGCCCGCGCGUCCCACACCCACAACACACGGCAGCAAUGGUUUCGAUAUCGCCUCGCAAAUCGGCGCUACUGAUAAUAAAAUUACGGAGCUCAAGCCAACACUGGCAGGCAGCGUGCCGUUGCAUAAGCAUAAUGAAACGCUUGGCGCUCCGGGUGUCGUGGGCGCCAUCUCAGUUGGAGGCCCACCAACGCUGGCCGAUACUAAGCACUACACCAUACUACAACCGGCGGGUGUAGGCAGUCGUGCAGCGUCGGUGAUGGAGGAUAUAGCGCGAGAGGGCGUGGUAACGGCGGUCACAGCUGUGGGCAGCAACAACAAUAAUGGUGGUGUUGGCGCGACGGUUAGCGUACCCCAACCGACCUACUCGCCGGGCAGCAUCAAUCGUGGCGAUGGCACCAAGUGCCCGACACCAAGCUGUAACGGCCAAGGACAUAUCACGGGGCUUUACUCACAUCAUCGCAGUUUAUCUGGUUGUCCAAAACGUGAUAAAGUCACCUCGGAAUUAUUGGCUUUACAUGAGCAAAUUCUCAAGUGUCCCACACCGGGUUGCAAUGGACGUGGUCAUGUGCAGGCACAUCGCAGUGUACAUCGCAGUCUAUCCGGUUGUCCGAAAGCAGUAAAACGCGCCGCGAAAAGAGAACAACAAGCGGUGUUAAGCAAGAAAACAAUUACGCUUAGUCACACCACGAUAGAUCGCAAAUAUAAUGCACCUCGUGAGAGACUUGAGGCAAAAGAUGCUUUGAAACCCAUUCGAGAGGAGCUUCACAGUGAGGUUGCAGCUGUGGUAGAUACGUUAAAGUCCGAGCCGAAGGAGUUGCCUCAUUUGGAAAAGUUAAAAAUUGCCUCGAAUCAAUACUUGAACAACAACAACAUCAGCUGCAUUAAUAACAAUAGUGGACACGUCACGACCGGCAGCAACAACAAUAAUAAUAAUAAUAAUUCCGCCAGCCACAACACACUCAGCCACAGCUCGAGCUCGACGACGAAUUCAAGUGUGGCGAGCAACGCAAUGCCAAUUAUCAAAUCGGAAUUUAGUCCGGUCGCCAGCGUCAAGUCCGAAUACAACAAAAGUCCAAUGCAUCCAUAUAUGAACAAUGCGGACAGCACCGGCGGUGGCCCAACAGACCGCUCGGCCAACGGUAAUGUGCCCAAUACCGGCGCUGUGUCCACUACAAAUUCAGAUAAUUUGCACGCGCCGCACUUGAGUGGUGUCCGAAGUGCGACCGGAACACUUCAAGCAUCCGGCUACGUGAGCAUGCAGCAGCAACAGCAUCAACAACAGCAGCCACCCCAACAGCAGCCACCAACGCAUACAAUGGCCGACCCACAUCAGCAGCAACAUCAACAGCACGCGCAACAACAAAGUCCACAUAAUCCACAUCAACAACAACAACACACAAUGCAUCAACAACGCGGUCCAUUCAUCGAAGAUUCAUCUUCGCUAAUGAUGUCCGCUGGCAAUGGUGCUUCCGUGAACGGUGCUGAUGCCUAUCGCACCGAUGGUCAUCAUGAUGAUACACAACAUCAACAACACCACUACGAACAUAUGCGCUAUGCGCAACACAUGGUGAAUGGUGGUGGCGCUGGCGUUGGUGAUGGCAGUCUUGGUGGCGGCAAACCACCCACCUCUGCUUAUGGACAGGAAAUGCUCACUGCCAAUGGUGCACCCACCAAUGCGAUGUCGCCCAAUGCACGCGCCUAUGAUGCCAACCCACCUACAUCGCUAUCAUCGGCCGCCGCUGCAGCAGCCUAUGCUGAUGCCACGGGCGUAUCCAGUGUAGCCGGUAUGCCGACGGCCUUCGAACGCUACGAUCCCAUUUGCAAUGGUCAGCGUCAGGGCCCACCCUCGAAUAUGUAUCACUAUCUGCCACAGUCCGCAGACGACUUGCAAGUGCAACAGCAAAAAUACUUGCAAGAACAACAAAUGUUAAUGGCCAAAGCGGAGCAUGAUGAACUCGCCAAUGGUGGUCCAAUAUAUCCGCGUCCCAUGUAUCAUUAUGAUCCGAGUAUGGGCCCAUUACCGCCAGGUUUUUCCGCCAUCAAUUUGUCAGUGAAGAUGGCAGCGGCGCAGGCAGCAGCUGCCGCGGCCGCUUAUCAAAAUCAACAACAACAGCAGCAACAACAACAACAGCAGCAGCAGCAACCGAAGCAAAGCGGUUCACCGUCGCCACCAGGCGCUCCAGUCGUAGAUUUGUCAGCCUCCGCCUCGGUGACUUCGUCCAGUCCGCACGGUUUCAACUCGCCAGCGUCACACAACCAGUACAGUCAGCGCAUGGGCGCAGGUAGUCCACAGCCUGGUGCCAGCCCCAACAUCGCCAGUCCUCAAGUGCCAAGUCCUCAGGGACAAACGUUGGAUCUGAGCGUUACACGCCUGCCUCAUAGUAUUAUCACAAGCCCACAGUACGGUACACAUCCCGACGGUCUGGUCGUCGGACAUCCACAAGGCUUUGGACCAGGUGUACCACCAACCGGCGCUAACGGCGCGCCACGUUCACCACAAAUGGAACCGGUCGAUUUCAGCGGACCACCAAGGCCACUUGGUUUCGGACUGGUCGGACACAUAGGCGGACCGCGUCCAUAUAGUCGUGAAUCGACACCGGACAGCGGCGGUUCACACUAUAUCGACAGCUAUCGGGAUCCAAGUGGCUACUCACCUCAUCCCGGCUAUGGCAUGGUUGUACAAUCUGAUUAUCCCCCAGCCGGCUAUCAUGGCUACGGUCCAGCCGCAUAUCAAUGCAGCAAUCCUUAUGCGACUGCUGUCGGUCCCGGCGGAUAUCCGACACCCGUAUCGGGCGGCUACUCACCCAGUCCAGCGUCGUGUUACUCCAUGCCGCCGCCACAGCAUAUACCGCAACACGACAAGACAAAGGAUAGGUUAGUCGAAUGUUUGACGGGUUGCACGCGCAGCGAUCGCAAUCAUCUGCAGCCCCAUUCGCAGGAACUGAAAUGUCCCACGCCUGGCUGUGAUGGUUCGGGUCAUGUCACCGGCAAUUAUUCAUCGCAUCGUAGUUUAUCGGGUUGUCCGCGAGCCAAUAAGCCGAAAAGUAAGCCACGCGACGGACAGGACUCAGAGCCGCUGAGAUGUCCCAUACCCGGGUGUGACGGCUCUGGCCAUUCCACUGGCAAAUUCUUAUCGCACAGAAGCGCCUCCGGCUGUCCCAUCGCGAAUCGCAAUAAAAUGCGCGUACUCGAGGCCGGCGGCACCGUAGAACAGCAUAAAGCCGCCGUCGCUGCAGCGACUGCAAUGAAGUUUGACGGUGCGUAUGCUCAACAUUUUGGUUGCGGCAGCGCUGCCAGUCAAGGCAUGAAGAAACCCAAAUUCGACGAUGUUACAAUGGUCUACCCCAAGGGCUAUACAGGCAUCGACAUGAUGAUGGGCGGUGUCGGUUCCGCUGUCUCCUCAUCCGCUUCCGUUUCAAGUAAUCUCAGCAAUAGCAGCAACAACAACAACGCAUCUGUGGUAAGCUCAACCGCUGCGCUGGGCAAUGUCUCGUCGUCGGUGGCCGGCACUGCUACAUUGCCCGACAGCUUGCAAGGCAACAACACCGCUAACAACAACAACAACAAUAAUAGUAAUGGCAAUAACGCAACAAAUAAUGCGAAUAACAACAAUAACAAUAACGUGCCCUCAACAAAUGGCGGCGGCAAUGGCAGCGGCGUGGGCGAGGACUUGAACACGCUCGAAGCAGAGAUCUCGGAAUUGCAACGGGAGAAUGCGCGCGUCGAAUCGCAAAUGAUGCGCCUCAAGUCCGACAUAAACGCCAUGGAAUCACAGUUGCACACCAGCGAUAGGGAGGCUUCUCCGCUGAGUACUCAUCAACAGCGUAAUCUCGCUGCGGUGACUAUCAAUGCUGGAGGAGCAACAGCUCUUGGGAGCGUCUCCUCCAGCGCCUCAAUCGCGUCCCCGCUCAGCAAUCACAACGGUAGCGGCAAUAGCGCCAACGGCAACAGUAACAUCAACCUCGGCGGCAGUGGUGGCACCGGAGGCAACAACAACAACAGCAACACCCUCUCCAGCACAAACAUCUCACACUCCCUCGCCAGCAGUCACGCCAGCACCAUAGGCAGCCACAGUCACAGUCACAGUGGCAGCUAUUUAACACCACCGCCAAGCGUCAGCAUCAGCACCACCACCUCAUCCACCUCAUCCAGUAGCGGCGGUCCACCCACAUCCAGUUCCUAUUACGAGAGUUUACGUAACAACGUUAUCACACUACUUGAACACGUACGGUUGCCCCCACCCGGCGGCAGCAGUGGCGGCACAAGUAUGAGCGCUAAUCCACUGGGCGGUGACGGCAGCGGCAAUAAUGUGAGCAGCACCAGCAUAGGCGGUCAUCCAAGUGAUGGUCUGAGCAAUAGUUUAUCUUCGAAUUUGGCAGGAUUGCCCGCCACCGCUGAGGUGUUGAGUAAUCAGCAAUUGACCAGCGCUUACGGUGUGCCACAUCCCUCACAUCCCACACUCAUACCACCAAGUCCACUACCCACAGCCUCUAUUGCGCCCACUAAUGUGGUUAGCGGUGCUGUGUCCAUGUAUGCAGCGCCACCCCAUCAUUUAGCCGGCACUCAUCCGGGUAUGUUGGGACCACCACCGCCGCCGCCUCCACCACCACAUGGCGCCACAAUGCCGCCACAUCAUCCAUAUACCGUGCAUCAUCCGGCUGGUUAUGCACAUCAUGAACCCUUCGACUCAUACAUAUCAAAGCUACAGUCACUCUGUGUGCCACCCGAUGUCUAUGCACUGCCCGAUGAUGGUAGUCGUGCAAUGUACGAUACAGUUAAGCCGAGUUUGCAUCAGGACUACACGCUAAUGCCGACGCCAAUAUAAGCGUGGAUGAGAAGAGGGUUGGAGUGGGAGCGCGACUAUUGGAUUUAAUUAGCUGACACUGAUUAGACCUUUCUGCAUAUUUUCUUCGAAGAAUCAAUAUAGAGCAUAGCAUUAGAAAGUUCUGAAAGCAAGAAGUAUAAGAAGAGGUAGAGCGGUGAGUUAAAUUACAAUUUUCUGAAUUAAACGGUGUGAAGGAAAGGGGUAUAAAAAAUAUAUAGUAGAGAUAGAUUUGAGUUAGGUAGCCUAUGUAAGGGUGGGAAGAUAGCCAAGAUCUUAUAUAUCUCAAGCACUAAUUAUUUCUUUUCAUUAUCUCUAUUAAAAGCCGAAAUACUUAAAGUCCUGUCAAGAGAAAAGCAGAAAUCGACGAAUAUUUAGCUCUGUUUAAUGACUUUUUAAGCAAUAGACUGAGAGUUUUUAAGUAAAAAGCUUUCAUUUUUAUUAUUAUGCAAUGUUUCAAAAUUGAUCCCUGCUUGCCACAGUAUAAAAAGCUUUAAUGGUCAUUGUUAUAUCUUCAUAUGUGAAAGCUUCAGUGAAAGCUCGCUAUAUGACAUUACUGAAAGCCUGUUUAUAUUUUACGUAUUUUUAAGAAAGAAAUGCUUUGCUUAACAUUUCUUUUAUUUUUAUUUUUAUUUUUACGCAUUAAAACACUUUAAAUUGGUCUCAGGCCUCAGCUUAAAAAACAUUAAGGCAUGUAUGAAAUAUAGUUAUAGCUUCAUAAAUGAAAGAUUUUUAGGUGUAAGCUUCAAUGAAAGCUCCGUUAAUGUUAGAAGUGAAAGCUCGUUUGCAGUAAAAGCAAAUAAUGACGAAAGCUUCUUAGUGAAAAUAUGAAAAUGUAAAGAAGGAUUGAACUUUUUCCAAUAUUUUGUCAAUAUACUAAUGUAGUACAUAAUUUAGGAGAAUAAAAAACAAAAUAAAAUCAUGAAAAA